AUGAGUGAUAGCAGUGACUCCGCGAAAACGGUUGGAUCGCGCCACGAUGCCAAAGUCACUAUACGACGGACACACCCAGUGCGCGUUUCCACGGAACAUGAAAAUAAAUAUGUACCCAAAUUAAAAAUAAAAGUGCCACCAUUCUCACCUGAGGAUCCAGAACUUUGGUUCGCGCUUAUUGAAGAGUUGAAGAAGAUGGUGCAGCAGCUUACACUGAAAUUGGAAGAGCAUACCCGUGCAGCAUGCUGUUCUACCAGUCGUUGUCGUUCCAGAGCGCAUGAUCGUCAUCGUUCUUCUUCGAGGCAGAGAAGUAGAUCCAAUUCCAGUUAUCGUAAAUACCCGAUGUGCUGGUACCACGCAAAGUAUGGAGCACAGGCCCAUAGGUGCUUGAAGCCCUGCGAUUUUGGCAAGUCGGGAAACUCCGAGGGCAGUCGCUAA